CAAAAAGGCGCAUGACGCACACGCCGGCCUCUCUCGGGAUGGGGGGGGGAGUGUGUUCCCUGUGCACUCGCCGGGAUUACGGGCCGUGGCCAAAUAGGAUCAUGUCAGAGGAUCCGGUAAAACCUCAAAACCAAAGCCACCGCGGGUAAUAGCCACCACCCACGUGGCCGGGGAGAGAGCGGUUCGAGGCGCGCCGGUGAGUCGCCCAAGGGCACCGUUUGAAUCGCUGCUUCACAGAACGGGAGAAAUCUGGCUUUGGGGGAACUCCUCCUUCGUGCAUUUGCUAGCUCUGGACUCCUUUUAAUGGAACCCCUUGCCCAGUUUCCUUUAUAAACCGGCCUCCUGGAAAGGCAACCUCAGCAUAUAAUGGGCAACUGUGUGAAGUCUCCCUUGAGGAACCUCUCAAAAAAGAAGAUCCGCCAUGACGAGAAAGCGUGCUAUAAGGCUGUCCAGAUGAGUGAGGAAGGGCCGUCCGCCGGCGGCGAGUUCCCUGGUCCCCUCAUGGUGCUGGCCCAGAACUGCGCGGUGAUGCACAACCUGCUGGGGCCGGCUUGUAUCUUCCUCCGGAAGGGCUUCGCGGAAAACAGGCAGCCAGACAGGGAGCUGCGUCCAGAAGAAAUAGAAGAACUGAGAGAAGCCUUCAAGGAGUUUGACAAGGACCGCGAUGGGUACAUCAACUGCCGAGAUCUGGGCAACUGCAUGCGGACCAUGGGUUAUAUGCCAACCGAAAUGGAGCUGAUUGAGCUGUCCCAGCAAAUCAACAUGAACUUGGGCGGCCAUGUGGAUUUUGACGACUUCGUAGAACUGAUGGGACCCAAACUUCUGGCAGAGACGGCCGACAUGAUUGGGGUCAAAGAGCUACGAGAUGCUUUCAGGGAGUUUGACACCAACGGUGAUGGGGAGAUCAGCACCAACGAACUGCGGGAAGCCAUGAAGAAGCUCCUUGGACAGCAAGUGGGCCACCGGGACAUCGAGGACAUAAUACGCGACGUAGACCUGAACGGAGAUGGGCGGGUGGACUUUGAAGAGUUCGUCAGGAUGAUGUCCCGCUGAAGCCAGGUUUGGGGGCUGAAGACGAAUCAGCGCCAGAAAGUAAAAGAGGGCCCGGAUGGAGCAUCUCCACGCGGAUGUUCGUGCGCCAAGGCCGACGCCUCGGUUGCGUCCCCAAGAGGGCGCGAGCUGCCACAACGGCCUGCCUCUGUGACCCACGUGGCCCCGACAUUCCUUCACCUUUCUGCACUGUGAAAGAUCCACCUCUCCUGCAACUGGAAGUGCUCCUCAAGAGAAGCUCUGCGCAGGGCAGCUGCGCACCCGGACCAGCCACGGAGUCUUCGGGACCGAAGAAGACGCCUCUUCCUCUUCCUCCUCCUCUCCCUUCCCGGCUUUUACUCUUCCGACAAAGCAACGAGAAGGAGAGGUUCUCUCUGGAACGGGCGCCUUAUGCGAUCGGUGCCUGCGGUAGACUGCGCUCAUUCCCGUUUUUUUCCUCGGUGAACAGACUGUUCCCGGCCCCCGGCCCUUGUGUCUCCACCUGUACAGAGUUAUUUAUGACACCCACCCACCCAGACCAGCCUGGAAUGUUCUCUUCUUUCCCUGUGGUUAUGUUCAUGAGAUCAAAUAUAUGUUUGAAAACAAAAG